GGCGAAGUCAAAGCCAGACACUCUCUUUCUGAUAGCCUCAACAAUGUCGGACUACCUUCCCGAAGAGGUAUUGAUCGAAAUUCUCUCCAGAUUUCCCGUAAAAUCUUUGCUUCGAUUCAUUUGUGUGUCGAAACCAUGGCGAUCUCUCAUCACCAGCCCUAGUUUUAUCAACACCCACCUCAACAAGUCCACCAACAACACUCUCACUCACUUGCUCCUACUCAGAUACACUUGUCUCAAUCCCAAUCAAGAACACUACUUAUUGCGUUUCGACAACAAAACCUUCAACCGCUACGCCCAAUUCACUUCUCCAUUCAAAACCCACUUCUAUUUCAGGGUUGUUGGUACUUGUAAUGGCUUGGUUUGUCUCUCCGACGAUCUGUUUGGUGACAAACACAAUAUAAUCCUUUGGAACCCCAUGAUUCGCAGGUAUGUGGCCCUUCCAAAACCCAGUCUUUCUCUCGAUUCCUAUAUUCCUUACAUGUCUGUUCUAGGGUUUGGCUUCGAUUUGCGAACCAAUGACUAUAAGGUAGUUAGAAUUUCUCACUUUGAGAGGCGAAAAAAUGCAAUUCCUCUUCCUAAAGUUGAGGUUUACUCGCUUAAAACCGGUUCUUGGAAAGCCCUGACUUGUGGUGUUCCUUCAUAUAAUAUGGUUGAGUAUUUCUGGGAACAUGUUUUUCUGAGUGGUUUUGCACAUUGGAUCGCAUACAAGCGAGUUGGGGAUGGUAAAUUCCAUAAUGUGAUUUUAUCAUUUGGUUUUGGUGAUGAAUUGUUCCAUGAGAUUGAGCUCCCGGAAACAGUGGCUCCUACUUUCCCGUUGCAAUUGGGAGUUCAUUUAGUUGGGACUAUGAUCGCGGUGAGUUUUAUUGAUAAUAGUGCAAACCAUAAAUGUGUUUCCAUAUGGGUGAUGAAAGACUAUGGUGUUGUGCAGUCGUGGACGAAGCAAUAUAAUGUUGACUUUCAGGGAGGUUUAACGUUGGUGUUUUGGUUUUAGGGAGAGUGGCGAAUUGCUUAUGGGGACUAGAGGUGGAGAUAUGGUUUCGUAUCAGCCUGAGAGCAAGCGCAUUGAGAAACAUGGAUUGCGUGGUGUCAAAGGCUCAUUUUAUGCCAGUCCCUAUGUGGGGAGCCUUGUUUUGCUCGAUGGAUCAAAUGGGGACUUGCAGGGGAAGGUGAACACUGAUCCUGUUUUGCCUAAAGUUACAAAUGAGGAAGAAGCAGAUGAGAGCACACUCGAAAUAGCCUUGAAGAGGAAUUUUCUUUUUGCAGCUUCUUACAUAACUGGUAGCCUGUUGGAGUUCGUACUUUGGAAUUAGGAUCAAUCUAGUUUUUGGGCCAUAGACAUUCUUUGGGGAGAUUGAGUUGCCACUGAAUCUGGUUCAUCAGUUUCCUAGGAACAUGUAGUGGGUGAAUCGCUUUCGGUGCUACAGUAUGAUUUGCUGAUAUACAGUAAGAGUUGUACCGUGUGGAUUAUGAAAGAAUAUGGGGUGGGUUGUACUUGGAGUAUGCAAUAUAUGAUUGAUCUUAAUGGAAGAUUGGUGUUGAUGCUUGGCUUGAGGAAGAAUGGUGAAAUGCUGAUGGGAAUGGGUAGACAGCUGGUCUGGUAUGAUUGUGAGAGCCAAGAAAUCACAAACCUUGGAGUACGUGGCAGCAAAUAUGUGUUUUGGGUGGAUAAUUACACGGAGAGCCUAGUUUUACUGGAGGAUGGAACUCAAGUCGUGGAUGGCCGCUCGGAAAAUUCUUCUGAUGCUGUUAAUAGUGGGGGACCUGCUUUGCUAGAGGAAGAUGAUGGACCUGAGGAGAGUCUAGUUGAACAACGUGCAUACUUCAUGCAAACAGUUAUGCUUAAUACGUUUGAAGCUUGUCUUUAGGUUUGCAGAGUACCUUCUUCUAGUUAAAUACAUGCUAUUUUCUUAGGAUUAAAUGCAAAUGUUAAAAGUUAAAACGUUUCUUAAUACCUUGUUUGGAUGCUAAUAUCUUGCUUUUGCUGUGGCUUACUAAAAAAAUCAAGGUAAUGGGUUGCCUCUGCUGACUGUUUAGUUCAUUACUUUAUGGUAUCUUAUUCUUAUGUUGGAUAGAAAUUUCACUUUCCUAAAUA